AUGAAGACCUUUGCGACUCUUUUGGCUUCCGUUGGCCUGGUGGCCGCUCAUGGCUAUGUUGAUAACGCCACUAUUGGUGGGCAGUUCUAUCAGUUCUACCAGCCCUACCAGGACCCCUACAUGGGCACCGCCCCCGAACGCAUCUCCCGCAAAAUCCCCGGCAACGGUCCCGUCGAAGACCUAACUUCGCUCGCCAUCCAAUGCAACGCCGACUCGGCGCCCGCAAAACUGCACGCCCCCGUCGCCGCCGGCUCGACUGUGACCUUGCGCUGGACCCUCUGGCCCGACUCGCACAUGGGGCCGGUUAUCACGUACAUGGCCCGCUGCCCGGAUAGUGGGUGCCAGAACUGGACUCCUAGCGCCAGUGAUAAGGUUUGGUUCAAGGUUAAGGAGGGCGGGAGGACGGGGACUAGUAAUGUUUGGGCUGAUACCGCCCUCAUGACCGCCCCGGCCAACUAUGAGUACACCAUUCCGUCCUGCCUCAAGCCCGGUUACUAUCUUGUUAGGCAUGAGAUCAUUGCGCUGCACGCUGCCUACACUUAUCCUGGUGCUCAGUUCUAUCCGGGAUGCCAUCAGUUGCAGGUUACGGGUUCGGGAACCAAGACCCCCAGCUCGGGAUUGGUCAGUUUUCCGGGGGCGUAUAAGAGUACUGAUCCGGGAAUUACUUAUGAUGCUUAUAAGGGUGAGUUCUACUUCUUCCAAGUUGAUGUCAUAAAAGAAGAGUGUCUACUAAUACCUUACUGUGCAGCUACUACUUAUACCAUCCCUGGCCCUGCUGUGUUUACUUGCUAA